AUGGAGAAGAAAUUAAGCCGCUACAUCAGAAGAUGGCUCGGAGUUCCAAGAAGCUUCUCAGGUAUCGGCCUUUACAGCUCGAGCAGCAAGCUACAGCUUCCGCUUUCCUCUCUUACAUUUCAGUUCAAGGUCACCAACGUCAGGCAAGUCAUGAUGCUGCGAGACAGUGAAGACGAAAAAGUCCGAGGAGCGCGGGUGGAAGUCAAUACAGGUUGGAAGUGGACAGUAGACAAGACAGUCAACGACGCAGAAUCCAGGUUCAGACACAGCGACAUCGUGGGGACAACUACUUCUGGCAGGUUGGGAAUAGGAUGUAUCACUAGAGCCAGUCGGAGUGCUGCAUCAACCGCAGAGAAGAUGAGGAUGGUCCACGGUAAAGUUCGGUCGACAGGGGAGGAGACAAGACAAGCGGCAGCCGUUGGAAUGAAAAAAAAACCCAUGGCAGUUGGCAUCCUAGAUUCAGCGAGGGACUUGGAACUUAUUUUAGACCUGAAGAAGCAGCUAAAGUUACCACCAGACGUCGCCACAACCGCUCUACGUCCUGAUGUGUUGUUGCUGUCAAGAGGAACGAAGAAGCUAGUGUUUCUGGAACUGACAGUGCCAUGGGAAGACCGAAUGGAAGAUGCACACGAGAGAAAGAAGGCCAAAUACCAACCGCUACUUAAUGAGCGCCGUCGACAAGGAUGGACGACCUGGAACCUCUCUGUCGAGGUUGGUAGUCGGGGCAUCGCCGGACAGUCACUCUGGAAGGCCUACGGGGUACUUUGCAACACUGGAAUCGAAAGAAUAGAGGGACAAUAG